AUGGAGGACACUACUAGCAGCAACGUCGACACCAAGUUGGUCUUCAGCGACUCGGACGCCAACACAACGCCCACCAACGCCGGCACGGACGCCUCACAAGCCGAUCUCCAGGCGCAGCUCGCGCUUUUCCAGCAGCAACAACAGCAGUAUAUUCAACAGCUCCAACAAACCAACAGUGACCAGCUUCGUGCCAUGUACAACUCCAACGCCAUGAUGCAGCCCUACAUGCUGACGCAGUCGAUGUUCCCACGUCCUACGACUCCCAACUCGGCUGAGACUACAGAAGAGGAACCUGUGUAUGUGAAUGCCAAGCAAUACCACCGCAUUAUGAUCCGUCGGCAGCAAAGAGCAAAGCUGGAAGCCAAGCUGGGUAGUAACCGCCAGCGCAAGGCGUAUCUGCACGACUCACGUCACAAGCACGCCAUGCGGCGGCCGCGUGGCCCCGGAGGCCGGUUCCUCACCAAGGACGAGAUCCAGGGCUUGAAGGAUGGCACAAUGGUGUUUGAAGACCUGCCCAGGAAGGCUGCCCCCAAGCAACAGUAA